UUGGCUGAAUCAGAGGGUUUAAAUAAGGAAGCAAUUGAUGGCAGAAGUCGUUGUGAAGUUCAGGAUAAGGAUAAUAUUUGGCAUGGUUGGUCUCCAGCUGCACUAAAAACCAAAAUGUCAGAUGCACUGAUUACAAAAAAAAAGGGGAGUCCGACAUGGCUUCACAGGAGAAGACCAAGGGCUUCAAUGGCUGACAAUUUACUGGCUAGCAAGUUGGAGCUAGUAGAAAUUUUGAAAAAAAAUGUAGAAAUUGAGGCAGAAAAGAAAAAUUUAUUGCUCGACGAGCAACUUAAACAAGAAAGAUUAAAAACUGAACUAUUAGAGUUACAGUUAUCUUUGGCAAAAAAUAAAAAUUAG